UACCGCUGAUCUGAAGAGCUAUCGCUGUUGUCAUCCAUCUAGUCUUGAGUUUCAUCAAGAAAGGUGAGAACUGAGCUUCUUUCGCGAUUGAAUACAUCUCGGGCAACGGAAAACUAUUCAUUACGAAGGAACACAAACAAACAGGGUUCUUACAUGGAUGGAUGAUUGCUCUGAACAAGAAGGACAAGGGGUAACCCGUACAAGAAGGAAUAAACUGCAAGGAAAAAGAAAAGGGUCAACAACUCAAAGUUCUUCUAACGAGGUGGAUAACAAAAGAUCCAAACCAAGCCAACCUAGGCGAUCGUCUUCGACAAGCAAGCCUCCAACCACUGUCAACUGUACAUACAAUUUAAGAUCUCGCAGUUCAUCAGCAAGUCCUCGUACUAGCAACAGUGAUUGCACAAUCCUCAGUAGCAAGCACCUAUCCCAGGAAAAGCAAGAAGCCAACAGGAAGCCUGUAACUGUGCCAUCAUUUGCUGCAACUUUCACAAAGUCUAAGCAAACUCAGCCAUCCUUGUCAGCCAUUGGUAAUUUGGUGACUUCCCAUUCAUCUACACCUCAUCUCAGUAGUUCAUCUUCAUCAGCCAUUGGUAACUCAUCAUCAACCUCUAAGUCUUCCUCUCGUGGAAGACGUGCUGCAUCAGCAUCGUCACUCACUGAUAAGACUGCAGCAACAAAUCAAUCCACUUCCCAGACCACCUGUGCACCAUCACGAAGUUGGAGAAGAAGUGACCCGCCUGAGCCUAGCACAGGCUUAAGGCGGUCACAAAGACUUAAAGAGACAACGGGAUCCUGUGCUAGCAAUAGUCGGCGUGGACCGCAGGGAAAGAAGCAGUCGUGGACACGCCGACAAUCACCCAGUAUGUCUGCAGACAAUGCACCUCAGGACCCUGGUUCUUCAGAUGCAGCUCAUGGUAGUGUUGAAGAUUCAAUUCCUUCAGCUAGCGGUGAGGCAUCAAGAAGUGAAGUGGAAGGCCCUGGCAGCUUUGAAGAUAUGGAGCUAAAAGAUGGAGAGUUAUCAAGAUUGCAAGCUCUUCUUGAAGCACGGGGUGUUCCUUCUCAUCUGAUUGGUUCACUAGGACCCCGCAUGCAUCAACUGCUGCAUCGAACUAUAAGUUCCAGCUCAGGUGGUAAAGUCCAACAAAUGUUAACAGGGAUCCAGUCAUCUGAUGAGGGACAGCAGCUUCAGUCUGUUAUUGAAAUGUGCCAGUUCCUAGUAAUGGGAAAUGAAGAGAGCCUUGUUGGUUUUCCUGUGAAACAAGUUGUACCUGCUCUUGUAAACUUGCUUUCAAUGGAACAUAACUUUGAUAUGAUGAAUCAUGGCUGUCGUGCCCUGACCUAUCUGAUGGAAGCUCUUCCAAGGUCAACGGCGGUUGUAGUGGAAGCAGUACCUGUCUUUAUUGAGAAGUUACAAGUUAUACAGUGUAUGGAUGUUGCAGAACAAGCACUGACAGCCUUGGCAAUGUUGUCCAGAAGACAUGGAAAGGCUAUCCUGCAAGCUGGAGGAAUGUCAGCUUGUUUGUUAUACUUGGAUUUCUUCUCAAUAUCUGCCCAGAGGUCGGCACUCUCUGUGGCUGCAAACUGUUGUCACAGCAUUGGCUUGGGUGACUUUCACCUUGUUGCAGAUUCUAUUCCAAUCUUAAGUGGGAGAUUACAACAUCAGGAUAAGAAAUCUGUAGAAAGCUGUUGUGUAGCAUUUGCAAGACUGGUGGAUAGCUUUCAUACUAACGAGAAACACCUUGAAGAGCUUGCUGCUCAUGGGCUCCUCAAUAAUCUACAGCAGUUGUUGAUGAUGGCUCCGCCAGUUAUUAGUACCAGCACUUUUGUGAUGGUGGUUCGCAUGCUGGCUGUGCUGUGCUCCAACAGUCCAGCAAUUGCUGUGCAGCUGUUGAGACAAAAUGUGUCAGAUACAAUUCUGUAUUUGUUGCUGGGUACCACAGAGCCAGAAGAGAUAGAGAAUGCUGAGCUGUUGUCAAGAAGUCCCCAAGAAUUUUUUGAAAUAACUUGUUUUAUCAGUGAACUUCUACCAAAAUUGCCAUCAAAUGGUAUAUUCUCAGUGGAUGCCCUGCUGUGUAAGCCACAGCAGAAGUCAGAACAGGGAUUGUGGCAGUGGAGAGAUGACAGAGGACUGUGGCACACAUAUUCCUGGAUUGACAGCAAAAUUAUCGAGGCUGCAUAUCAGAGUGGGGAGGAUGAGCUUACUCUCACCACUCUCGGUAGGACAUACACUGUGGACUUCAACAGUAUGCAGCAGACAAAUGAAGACACUGGAACAUCAAGGCAAAUACAGCGAUGUCCGGGAGGAAGUGAGACAUCUACAGCCCCGUCCAAAACCGAUGAAGCAAAAGCCCCAAGGAGUGAUGAGCGUUUAGUAGUUUUAUGCGAGGAAGCUGAAUUAGCUUCAUCUUACACUUGUGGAAUGUUUUCUGCUUUGUACAAGAUAUUCAGCUCUUCAGUUGGACCUGCUGUUCGACACAAAUGCGUGAACGCUAUUCUGAGGGUGCUGUGUCAUGCCCCUCCUGAUCUUUUAGGUGUGGUCCUCAAAAGACAUCCAAUCUCCAGUUUGAUAGGGGGAAUGCUUCAAUCAACAGACUUGAGAGUCAUUACUAAUGCUCUUCAAAUGGCAGAAAUUGUCAUGCAGAAAUUGCCUGAUGUUUUCCAUGUGUCAUUCAGAAGGGAGGGGGUGAUGCAUAGAGUUAGAGACUUAGCCAAUGGCCUGCUAGCAAAUAAACCAAGUGUGUCAGAUAAGAACUGUUCAUCAGAGUGUCUGGCAAACAGCAGUGAAAAUGAAAGCCCAGGACAGAGAGCCACUGAAAAUACUUCAUCAUUACCAGUCACAAGGAGAUUAGGAGAUGUGUUGCGAAGAAAACGGUAUUCCAAAAGGCCUGGUAGAGGCAAGGCGUCAAGCUUUCCUAGCACAUCAGAAGUACAAGUAGAGGUUAACCGACAGCAGAUUGGAGGACCUUCUUCAAAGACAAUGCUUCACGAAAGCAGAGCGGCUUUUCUGGCGUCUCAAUCAUCGACAAGAUUGAAUUCAAGAUCUGCACUGCUCUCAGAGAGACCAGCUAAGAUGGAGGCAUCUGUUGGGAGCACUGUGUCAGAAAACCGAGAUAAAAUUAUGAAUUGGAUCAAAGACCAAGCAUCUAAGUUCUGUGCUGAGUAUUUUGAUCAACAGAAGGGAGAUUCUCACCCUGCACUCAGUGUGUUACGUCAGCUAAAGAGUGCUUCAGAAGAGUUGGCUUUAGAUAAACAAAAAUUUACGUCAGCACUCAAGGAAGUCUCCAAUGUGUUAACUAAUGAAGACAACAGUGCCUGUGCAUUUGAGAUCCUUCACAGUGGACUGGUACCAAAUCUCCUUAGAUAUCUAACGUCUACAGAAGGUAGUGACACCCUUCCUCAGGAAAAGAGACUCAGAAUAUUUUUUCAUGUUUUUAUGGGAUUACCGGAAACAAACUCAACUGAAGACCUGAAAAUUGUGAGUGAACCCGAAACAGCCUCCAUGACUGCGUUGAUACAGAAACUUCAUUUGUGCAUUAACCAGUUAGAACAGCUUCCAGUCAAAGUUCACGACACACCAGGAGGAGCUGUUGGAGCAAGGGGAUCACAAGCUCUGAGAUUCUUCAGUUCUCAUCAAAUCAAGUGCCUUCUACAAAGACACCCUGAUUGCGAGGGCUUGCGGCAGUGGAAACGUGGCCCAGUGAAAAUUGAUCCUCUAGCUCUUGUUCAGGCUAUUGAGAGGUAUCUAGUUGUUCGAGGCUAUGGAAAGAAGCGAGAGAAUCCAGAUGAUGAUGGUAGUGAAGAUGAUGGGUCAGACGACGACAUCGAUGAGUCUUUGGCGACUGAACUACAAGGACAAAACAACUCAAGGCAUCAACUGGAGAUUUUGUUAGGAGAUCAUCUUCUUCCCUACAACAUGACAGUCUAUCAAGCUAUCAAGCAGUUUGCUCAGGGCGAUGAAGACAAAGACUUUGAUGAUGAUCACGGUGGGAUCCUAGGCAGACCUAGUAUCUGGGUCUCAACACACACAAUAUGGUUUCGACCUCUGAGUCAAAACCAAAGGGAACAGCAAACUGUUAAUAGCAGUAAACCCAAGUCUGGUGCCACUAGUACUGGUUCACGACUGUCCAGGAAAACAUGGAAGGAAGAUGAUUCAGAAGUGUCCUUAAGUCAGCUCCUUUCGGAUUGUGAACCUCAAAACUUUACCACUUGUGAUCCAAGUAUCGAAGUGAUUAGUCUCAUGAAAGCUUUACAUGUUCUCAACCUUCAUUGGACAACACUUUAUGAGGGACAAAGCCGCAGAGCGUUCUUAUCUUCUAAUGAAUUUAUCAACAAUAAACUCGCGGCAAAAAUUACCCGACAAUUGCAAGAUCCCAUUACAGUGAUAACUGGUAACUUUCCUGCCUGGGUAGAAGAGCUUCCUCGAAAAUGUCCGUUCCUGUUUCCGUUUGAAUGCCGACAGCAGCUGUUUUACUGCACUGCAAUGGAUAGAGACAGGGCCCUUAGCAAACUACAGGAGACAUUACCAGAGCUUAUGAAUACCGACGCAUCGGAUCGUGUAGCACCGAGAUUUGACAGAAAAAAGCACACUGUUUCUCGUGUGGGGUUGUUAGAUCAGGCAGAGAAGCUCAUAGGUGAUCUUGGCAGCUCCCAGUCUGUACUGGAAAUACAAUAUGAGGGCGAGGUUGGGACUGGUCUUGGCCCUACUCUGGAGUUUUAUGCUCUGAUUUCACAAGAAUUUCAACGUGCAGACCUGGAGAUGUGGAGAGGAGAACGUAUGCUGCCUCCUGGAAGAACAGGGUUUGGAGAUGACGUUUCUUAUGUUUACUCCCCAUCUGGCCUUUAUCCAGCCCCAAUGUCACGCAUCGCUAAAGUGGCGAGCGUGACCAAGCUGUGCUCCAAGUUUCAGUUCCUUGGCAAAUUUCUGGCCCGUGCCAUAAUGGACUUUAGAAUCCUAGACAUCCCUUUCUGCCAGAUACUGUACAAAUGGCUGCUGAAUCAAGAAGGAACCUUAGACUUGGGUGACCUGGCUGCUGUGGACUCGGUGCUGGCGCAGUCGCUGACUCAGCUGCAGCAGGUGGUACAAAAGAAGAGGCAGCUCGAGCAGGACUCCUCUCAUACAGCGGACAGUCGACAACUUGCCGUGGAGAGUCUAACACUGGAUGGAACACCCAUUGAGGAUCUUGGGCUUUCGUUUGCUUUGCCUGGCCAUCCAGAUAUUGAACUUAAGCGAGGUGGUAAGGACAUGACGGUCACUAUUCAUGACUUGGAAGAAUACGUUAAGCUGGUUGUACAGUGGACUCUUGUCACUGGCGUCAGACGUCAAAUGGACGCUCUGCGUGAAGGCUUUAACUCAGUGUUGCCUCUCUCAAACCUAACUAGCUUUUCUUACACUGAGAUGGAGCUGGUCCUUUGUGGUAAUGUAGCCGAGAAGUGGGACAUCAAAUGUCUUGUUGAGAGCUGUAGACCUGACCAUGGCUACACCCACGAUAGUCGCGCGGUGAAGAUUUUGUUUGAAAUUCUAAGCUGCUAUACACAGGAAGAGCAGAGACUGUUUUUACAGUUUGUCACAGGCAGCCCAAGGCUACCUGUCGGAGGCCUGCGCAGUCUGAACCCACCACUGACCAUAGUUCGUAAGUCAUUUGAGCCUCCCUUGUGUGCUGAUAACUACUUGCCAUCUGUGAUGACCUGCGUGAACUACUUGAAGCUGCCGGACUAUUCCAGCAAAGAGAUCAUGGCCAGUAAACUAAAGCUGGCUGCUCUGGAGGGACAACGCUCAUUCCACUUGUCUUGACACUGCAGUGUGCUCUGUUAACUAAAUAUCAACGAGCAGAGAUGUUUAUCUUGAAGUUACUUUUUUAUCGUUUACUGUUUUCAAGAAAGUGCUAACAUUAAAAACGGAAAGUGCGUAGACGAUCACCACAAUGAAUCGAAUAAUCCAUAAAUUAAUAGUCGCUAAAUUUUAGCCUCUUUGGUUAGUUCGGGUGCCGCGUCAGGAACUAACUUAGCAACAGAAUCCUCAUCGUGCGAAGUUGCUCAUGAAGGCUAAAGACCAGUUGGAAAAUAUUGGAAAGAGAGAACUCCUAGUCUUUUUCACUUACUGUUCUUAGCGCCGCACCUAGACUAACGGAAGUUUAAACCGGGGAAACUACUAAAUCGUGGGAAAAAAUCGCUUAAUAUCAUUUAUGGUUAAAAACUGGUAUCUCUCAACGUAUCUCUUAAUUCUGUCAUACUAAGUUUUGUGAUAUUUAUGUUCACAGGCUGCUUAAUAGCCGGAAAGGAACUGCAUUCAACUGUGCCGUGUGUGAUCUCGUUACUUUUGUGACAGAGUAAUUAUUAUUCAUCUCAAGUUGGCAGUCAGUUUAUCGUUAGCAGUAGUAAUACAAAGCAGACCUUGUUGCAGUAUGGCAGUGACCGAAAGAAAACACUUUUUUCUAUGUCGUUCUCUCUUUUCUUGUUCUGAUUUCUUUGUUUUUUUGGUUUGUUUCUUGAAGUUGUUGUUCGCUUUUUUUUAUUCGCUACGGUAAGGUUGAUAAUGAGGGAAGUACUUUGUAAUGUAUAUAAAAAACCUUUUUAUAUAUACAAAGCAGUUGUACAUACACGUGAUGGAUUGCUGCCUCUUAAGAGCUCCAUCGAAAAUUUGCAAAUUUCUUUGAUGCGCUUUUUAUUUAUAAUCAACAGAAAUGUCGUGGUAGACAUAUUGGAAUGAGGUCGCUUUCUAUAAAUUAAUUUACGUGUUCAUGUUGUUAAGUGGAGGUUUUAAUGUUGAAUUUAAACAUGGAGGCUUCCUGAGCUUAUCCAGACUUAAUACGCAGAAUAAGGAGAGUUUUAAAUUGCUCGUGGUCAUUGUAAAUAGAUCGAUAAACGUAAAAGUGUUUUGAUCAUCGUCAACGUUUCGUUUUCUUGCCGCAUGCUUGACUCUUACUGUAACAUUUUUGUAAUUGUAAAAAGCAAAACGCAGACUAAUAACAACAUUAAUAGCUACCCCGUAUAUUGAUUGCUGUCAUGCAUCAAAUUGCUUUAAGCUAUGACUGGGAAGUGAAUAUUCUGUGUUUUGUUCGCAAAUAAAAGAAACAAAAGGUACGCAAUGUUUA